CUCGACUAACAACCGGGAUUUACUAUGUCUGUUACAGGGAAUAGUGUCAAUCGGCUCUCGCCGGCCAGGAAUCCUCUCCUCCGUCUCCCGCACACUCCCAGCGAGCCAGGACGAGGCUGAGCCUUGGAAGCCGGAGGUUCUGGAUCCGAGGGUGAAAGAUCCCGGGAAGUUACAAGAGGGGGAAAACAAAGGGGGAAAUUCCCCGCUACCGCAAACAUGAUGUCAUACAUCAAACAACCCCCUUACACCGUCAAUGGUCUGACACUGACUGGAUCAGGGAUGGACUUACUGCACUCAGCCGUGGGCUAUCCAGCCACACCUCGCAAACAGCGUAGAGAACGAACCACCUUUACGCGAGCUCAACUCGACAUCCUGGAAUCCCUCUUCUCCAAGACCCGUUACCCGGAUAUUUUCAUGAGGGAAGAAGUUGCAUUGAAAAUCAACCUCCCAGAGUCCAGGGUCCAGGUCUGGUUCAAGAACCGCCGAGCAAAAUGCCGUCAGCAGCAGCAGCAGAGCAGCGGCCAGAGCAAACCCCGGCCGGCCAAGAAGAAGUCCUCCCCGGCCAGGGAGACCAGCUCGGAGACCAGCACAAACGACCCCUACAGCCCCGCGGCCCCGGGCCAUGGCGGGAACCCAGGGGCCAACGCCACCGUCUCCAUCUGGAGCCCGGCUUCCAUCUCCCCGAUCCCCGACCCACUCACCUCGGCCAACGCCUCCUGCAUGCAGCGAGCGUCCACCUACCCCAUGGCCUACAGCCAGGCUCAGGGCUACGGUCAGGGUUACCCUGCCUCGUCUUCCUACUUCACCGGCAUCGACUGUGGCUCCUACCUGUCGCCCAUGCACCCGCAGUUGUCAGCCCCCGGCUCCGCCCUGAGCCCCAUCGCCGCGGCGGGCAUGGGGGGUCACCUGAGCCAGUCUCCGGCCUCUCUUUCCAGCCAGGGUUACGGCCCGGCCGGCCUGGGCUUCAGCACGGUGGACUGCCUUGAUUACAAGGACCAGACGUCCUCCUGGAAGCUCAACUUCAACGCGGCCGAUUGUCUGGACUACAAGGACCAGACC